AUGGGUUAUUGCCGUUCGUGGGCUGUGCUGGGUGGGGAGAGGCAUGGGCUCAGCCUGCGCGGGCCAAUCAGGCCGGCGGCGGCUCCGGCCCGGCCUGACGCUGCCAAAGGGUUUGACCUUCGUGUGGCCGAGCGAGAAUCAUCCUCCCAGCGCUGCCCGCGCCGCUCCGGCAGCGAUAGACAAGGCUGUCUUGGCAUCGGGGAGCUCUGCUGUGUCCUCCUGCUUGUGGAAAGUACAGCGGUCCAAAAAGGACUUGUUACGCUUUUCACGGAUGAGUUGGGUCAUGUUUCCCACUGGAGAGCCAUCACAGCAGGAAGUCUGGCUGGCAUGGUUGCAACCAUAGUUACUUAUCCUACUGAUGUAAUUAAGACACGACUCAUUGUGCAGAACCGCCUGGAACCGUCUUACGAAGGGAUUUUUCAUGCUUUUUGCAAAAUUAGUCAUCAAGAAGGAUUUCUUGCACUCUACCGUGGUGUUUCACCAGCUAUAUUAGGUGCUAUCCCAUUUUCUGCUGGCUCAUUCUUUGUUUACAUCAGUCUGGACAAAAUCUGGCGAGAACCCAUAAUUCAUUUCACUCCUCUUCAAAACUUUAUAAAUGGCUGUGUAGCAGCUGGUGUGGCACAGACCCUUUCUUUCCCGUUUGAGACUGUAAAGAGGAAGAUGCAGGCACAGAGCCCUUGGCUUCCCCACUAUGGAGCAGUUGAUGUCCAUUUUACUGGCAUGACUGACUGUUUCCGGCAAACCGUGAAGAACAAAGGUGUGCUCGGACUUUGGAGCGGGCUCACACCCAGUCUGCUCAAGAUCGUCCCAUACUUCGGUGUAAUGUUUAGCACUUUCGAAUUCUGCAAGAGAAUCUGUCUGUACAGAAAUGGUUAUAUUGAGUCUCCUUUAAGUUACAAACUGACUCCUGGAGUGGAUCAGAGUUUACAGCCACAAGAACUGAGGGAAUUAAAGCUCCUCCGCAGAGAAAACUUUGAGCCAAGGAAAUCGGCUUUUGAAAACUGAGAUCAGAGUGUCCAUCGCAGAUAUGAUUGCCUUUCUUCAUGAACUUUGCAAGAAGGAUAUGCUGAACUUCAGGUACCAGCAUCUCAGAUUAUACGGUUUUAGUACUGAAAUGUCAGUGUUAGGAAUGAAUAAAUCUUGCGUCUCAUUUGCUGAAUGGAUACAAGCAAUAUGAAUAUCAAGUGUAUCUUGAAGAGGAGAAACGCAACUAGUUUGAAAACACUAUGUCAUUGGAACUUGACAUGAGCUUAUUUUAGGUGCUUUUCAAUGCUGAACAGUCUUUUUAGAUAAAGCCACUUGCAGAGAGCAAGAGAACUGAGAUGAGAGGACCAAUUGUGUCUUCAAAAUAUUAGAAAAAUUAAAAUACAUUUUUUGAAGUAGUUUGAGAUACGAUGUCAGCAGAAAAUUGUAAACAAACUGUAAUACACACAAUGUGUGGGCAUUUCUACUGAAAUCUGUUAGUGAUACCGUGUGGACAAGGCAUUCUGCAGAUGCAGAACUAGCCCCAGUUUCGUUCACGCUCCUGAAUCGAGUGUUCAGUUUUUGAGACUUACUUGAGAAUAAUAAUUUAGUAUAAGUCUUUGGCAUAGAGAUAAAAACGUGCUGCUGCAGCUGUGCUUUUGCUAAGAGAGAACUAUAGCAUGUGAAGUGAACUCCAAGACACUGGAAUGACAAUCUGAAAAACUUAAGUGCAUAUUAGAAAAUCUUUCCCCCUUUCUGCUGCACUGUAACUGCAUGUAGGUGAAUUAUUGCAGGUUCAAAAUAAUGUUUUUCCUUAAAUCCUCUAAGUGAAAUAUUUCCUGAAAAAUUCAGUUCUUAAAUGUGUUAGAUAUUUCGGAGCCGAGACCUUGUGAUGUUUUUUUUCAGUAUUCAUUCUUAAAGCUCUAUCUUUAUAUUAAGCUACUACUUAGUUCCUGUGGGCCGACGCAGGCCUAUCGUGCUGCUCCGACCUUGCCUGUGGAACGGCUCUGUGCACACUGUGCCGGUGAUUUUUCCACUUUAACUAUUGUGAUCUCGAAGUCACAGUUUAUUGCCUGUUUAAGUGCAGCUCAACAGUCUAGGGAGCUCUUGGGCAAAAAAAGGUCCUCUUGGUGUUAUUUUCUCCAGAAAGUACAAACUUUCUCUGUGCGCUGUUGCAGCCAGCUGCCUCUGCCAGAGCCUCCCUAGCUCCACACGUCCCCUCACUGCCCUGAGUCGCGUUCGGGCUCUGUUCGAUGAAGAGGACCUGAAUAUGAAUAGUGAUGCUGGCCUGUCCUCUCUGAAAGGGGGAAGUGGGGCUCGCAUGUGGAAAUUCAGAGAGGGCCAGAGGUAUCGCUUAGGUUCGUAUGUAGAAAUACAGCUUGGGAACCGCGUCAUUGUAGCGCCUUCUGCCAGAAAACCCUUAAAAUAAUGUGUCCACGUGGGCCCAUGUGGACCCUCUGUGGCAUGUCCCGGUGGCCCAAAGCUUGCUGCAGGCCCUUCUCCCCACCCCACUCUUUCUUAACAGAUUGCAGCAGCCCUGCUGGGUGGAAAUAAGUAAAUCCCAAGAACUGCUUGGUUAGGCCACCUCACAGCAAAAUGAGACAGUGGCAGAGCUACUGUGGGAGCAGCCUGUGACUGCGGAGAGAGGUUUGCAGAAGGAUUUGGGCCUAAUUGUAAAGGCUGACUUGCAUCUCACCCUCAGCGUUGAUACACCCUAUAGCUGAGGUCUUGCGGUAUCCCUGUAACAGGCUUGCUCAGUUCUGCUAUGCCGGCGCUUCAUGUUGGUUUUCUUCUCAGAGAGGAAUAUAGACAUUGAUAGCAAAAAUCAAGAUGGUAAAGAGCAGACCUUGUGGCUCAUGCAUCAUAUCGAGGCUGUAAGUACCACUGGCUCUUUCAUCAACCUGCUGUGCCUCAGUUUCCCUAUCUGCAGAUAAUAAUGCUGAGAUUUAUUUGGGAUGUGUGAAUAAGGAAACGUGACUCGGGUCACUACUGGAAUGAGUUGGGAAGGAACUGAUUUCUUAAAGGGUGUCCUUACCUGGUCCAAGCAUAUUCAUGUGUUUUACUAACAUUGUAUUUCUGUAAAGAACUUAAAGCGUUAGUGAUGGGCGCAUAUGAACGUUUGCUCAGCUCUUCAAAGCUGAUCAGAGUUAAGUGAGUUAAAAAGUUACCUCUAACUUGUUUCUGAUAUGCUAAUGACACCUUCUUUGUAUUGUAAUGUAUUCCUAAGACCUAUAAAUCACUUAUUAACCUUAA